GUUGGCCUUUCUCCCCUCGUUGUGAAUUUGUUCCUCUCACUAUCUCAUUUUCCUACUUUCUCUUCGCUGUUAUGAUACCCUAAUUCCCUCUUUUGUUUUUCAGAGUUGCUAGGGAACUUGUUCGACCUUCAGUUGUGGCUUGAUAUGAGCUUGUAAUAAGAAGACCAUAAUCCACGGUCUCUGCGAACUAUCUGGCAAGGCUGAGAAACGGACCUGGCCUCACAACACAAUACGGGAAUUCAGACGAUAUUAGGGAAGCGAGCUUCGAGAAAUACAACAAAACCUAACCGCGACAAUGUCGCUCGCACCAUCCACAACUUACAUGACAUCCACAGCCACGCACGCAUACACAUCAGGCAGUACUGUGGUCACCAAAACCUUCAACCUCGAGCCACAAAUCACACCAUGGAAAGCUCCAGAGUCGUGUAGCGCCUCGAUAUUCUGCAGCAUGAAGGGGAGUGAGGUUGGGCCUCGAAGAGAAUGCUGGGAUUACGACAUAAUAAACUCAUCCGCACGCCAAUACAUAGAUGAGGCCUGCCAUCCUGCAGGCUACAAGGAUAUCUUUUACCAAGGCAGCGCAUACGAAGACUUGACCUCACUAGCGUUUCCCGGAACCGCAUGCCCACAAGGCUGGCACAAGGCGUGCACCUCCACCCUGGCGAGUGGACUUGCGACCCAAACGCAAGAGAUGUGCUGCCCGGACGGAUAUGAUGGCUGCACCAUGGACGGCGGGGCCCGCAACUGCUAUCGAAGGCUCAAGACCGCCACAGCCAUGUGGGUGGUCAAGGAAGAGACUGGCAGCACGACGGUCCGCGAGUUAGUGACGAACUCACCAAUAACCGGCGCUGACGACGAAGCUAUAACGAUAUACCGAGCCGCCUUCCCGCUGGCCAGCGGAGCCGCAACAACAGGGAUGGAUGUGCUCGGUGUGACCGUGGCAGGCGACGGCCCGGCUCGGACAGGGAUGCCUGGUCCGGACGGCCAAGAAGAAGGCCGCCUGGGAGGUUCGCAGCAGCAAAGUCAAGAUCCCCUCAGUCCUGGUGCCAUCGCCGGUAUAGCGCUCGGUGCCGGGGUUGGUCUUGCUCUGCUCUUCGCCGUCGGCCUCUUCAUAGUCAUGCGCCGGCGCAAAGCUGAUCGGAAACGAGCCCGCGCGGCGCGUAGGUCGGCGAUGCAGGAGACGGGCCUCAUGAUGACACGUAGCGACGGCGGUGAGCCCAGCCCCGACUUUGGGAAAUCCAUGGAUCCAUAUGCAUCGGCACCACCCUCAGCCGGACUCAAAUCCGCAUUCCCGACCUCGAGCUCAACCCUACUACCCACGUUUUCAAGCCCCUACGACCCCAAAUCGACCCUGUGGGAAUCGCCAGCCUCGGUCGGCCAAUACCCGUCGAUGGAAACCCUACGAACGCCGUCGCCGGGGAUAAUGCUGGGGACAGACGGCAUGUACUACUACAUACCGCCGCCGGACCUACCAUCCGUCAGCGAGGGCGCCGUCGAGCUCGACUCGAACCCUCCGCUGAUGUCGCCGCCGGCACGCAUGACGCCGGUCGAAAUGGAUGCCGGCGCCGAGCCGUCGUGGGUCCCCACCCCGACGGGGGCCUAUUAUGGACUGCGUAACUCGGACGAGCCGCAGAUGCGCCAGCAACGGCAGCAGCGUGUCUUUGAUGUUGUUAAAAAGACGCAAAAUCAAUGAAAAAAAGACAUACUGGCCUUUGAUGUGGACUACAGCCUCGUUAUUUAUCGCAGAGCGCUGGGUCAAAUCCUAUUUCCCUAGUAUACGGCCAAUUAUAGAGAGGUUUGGUACCCUCCACACUGGUAUGCACAAAAGAAGAGUGAAAGUCUGGGCUCUUUCCCCACGAUGUGCACUCUUCCAUCAAUUUUAAUCUGAGAGAAGCAGUUAGUGUGUAACGGCUUCCGAGGGGAAAAAAAGACGUUCAGUUUUGUAUGGUUUGUUCCGGAGGCUAUAAGACAGCGUGUGUGUCCAUCGAAAGCAAUGUUCAGGCGUUAUGGGUUUCACGGUAGGAAGUUGUUAUUCGUUUGCACAACCACAAGACAGUGCGUCAGGUUGUUGUUGUUUGCUGAUAUUAGUCAUUGCAUAGCCUGCUUUUAGCAUCAUUUUCUAUAUCAUACAUUAUUACAUCUUCAUCCUGGCGAUUCGUUCAAAUUGCUUGC